AUGAUAGAAAUACUGUUGCUGUUACUUAUGAAUUCCAUUGGAUCUACGGAACAAUCGGUAGACGAGAAUUUGGCACAGAAGCGUAGCGAGUUUGGGUUCGAUUCAUGGGGUAAGGUCCCAUCAGGAAUCUACUUUGGGAACAACCGUGCCUAUGGAAACUACGAUCAAUGUCGACAGUUCAAAUGGAAGCAGUUCAGUGGGGAGCAUUGUCUCUUCCUCAUCAACUAUUCAGAUAGAGACAGAUCUUUCGUUUCGGGACUGUGUGUGCCGUCAGCUUGUACUCCGGAGGACAUUCAUCAAGUUUACGGUGAUUACGUUGCCAAUCAAAGUUUAACAAUGGAUCUUCCGUUGGAUCGUGGUUUACGCUGCAGUCACUACGAAGGAAUUAAGUUUAGUAGAUCCAUUGUAUUGGCUACAGUGUUUUUCGCAGUAAUUACCAGUCUACUAUUCAUGAGCACAAUCUAUGAUGUUGUACUUCUCGUUCAGGGACGUAAAGCUGAUCCUUUUUAUAGCUCAUUUUCGAUUUACCAAAAUUUACGAACUAUAUUGAGAAUCAAUCAGGAAAUACCAUCGAAAAUACCUGGAACAACGUAUGCAAUUGACUGUCUGGAUGGAAUACGAUCACUAUCAAUGAUCUGGAUCAUCAUAUUCCACGUUCACGACUUGAUUCCUAAGGUUCCCAUUAUUAAUGCAUCGUCGCGGGACAAGUACCUUGAUCAUCCAGCUUCAAUGUUGCUACUUGUAAGCGGUUUCUUAGCCGUAGAUACGUUUUUCGUAUUGAGUGGGGUUCUUGUAGCAUGGAACGUGUUGAAGGAACUGGACAAAAAGGGCAGCGUGAACCUAAUAAAAUUCUAUCUUCAACGCUACGUACGCAUAACGGCUCCUUUGGCUGCACUUAUCCUAUUCGUGACGUCCUUCGCAGUGCACAUGGGAGAAGGACCUAUUUGGAAGCCUUACAUGCUUCAAAUGCAAAACUCAUGUUCACGAUACUGGUGGUCCAGCAUAUUGCACAUUCAGAACUUCGUCAAUCCAUCUAAUAUGUGCCUUCUUUGGACAUGGUACCUCUCAGUAGAUAUGCAACUAUAUAUUGCAGCUCCUGUAUUAAUCUACCCUCUUUGGAAAUAUGGAAAACGCUUUCUACUUGUUAUCGUCGUAUUAGCCUUAUUAUCAAUGAGUUCAGUGUUUGCAAUCUACAUCGCGUAUGGUUUCCGUAACAGUCAAAUGGCUCCUAACGAGCACACUUUGAAAAAGUCCCUAACGUACUUUGCAACGCACGCCAGAAUGGCCGUUUGGCUAUGGGGCUUAGUAUUCGGAUACGUUCUCUAUAGGACCAGAGAAAAUGGAGUGAGACUUUCCAAACAGUCCUGGAUCAUUGGAUGGAUCACCUGUAUUAUCAGCCUGUUGAUAAUUCUCAGCGCUAACUAUGGGUUUAACCACACCGAUUACCGAUCCUUUUCGGAUAUUAUAGACGCCACAUAUGCUUCAUUGCAUCGUUCUAUGUUCAGUGCUUGUGUCAUGUGGAUUAUCUUUGCGUGCGUGAACGGGAAAGCCGGAGUGAUCAACGACAUUUUGUGCGCUCCAAUGUGGCAACCGCUGGCCAAACUAUCUUUUGUGAUGUAUUUGCUGCAUUCUUUGCUUAUAAUGAUGAGUUCAGUUGCUUCUGUGAAAUUGGAAGGCUAUUUCAGCGCAAUGGAUAUGCUGAAUCGAAUCUGGGCAGCCAUCGGAAUAACGACGAGCGUUUCGCUUUUUUGGAGUGCCUGCUUCGAACUGCCGUUUGUAACGCUAAGUAAAAUUUUGUUAAAAGAUUGAAAUUUAGGUCUGGGAUAUUAGAAGAUUAU